UGUUCAUUUCGUACCCAUCAUUCCCCACGGCGAGCCCUUCGCACCAGUCAAGAUGGCGGAUAGACCAGUUCCCGUGAUUGAGAAGCGGCUGAUGGACGUGAAGCUGGGUGAGAUGGGAACCUGGCUUGGAGGUCGAGACUUCACUCCCAACGGCCUCCUCUCAGCCGUCCGCAGGGGCCACGACAGAUACUACAACAAGUACAUUAACGUGAAGAAGGGAGGCAUCGGUGGUAUCGCUAUGGUGCUGGUGGGCUAUGUGGCAUUGAGCUACCUGUGGGAAUACGAUCACAUCAAACAUGAUCGCUGGAGGAAAUAUCACUAAAGCCCCUUCAGCAACCUUCAGGGGUUGAGCUUUAACCUUUGUUCCCCCAUCUCUUUCAGCUCUAAUAUGUGACUUGUGACCAAUAAACAAUACCAAGAUUCAUUUUGGCA